CGUUGGCAAGGUGAAGCGUGCGCCGUUAUCUGCUUAUCCUUGGAUCGCGUUUUACCUAACCAGGACGUUUCUUUGGAUUAUUAGCUGGAUUACCCUAUUUUGACAAGUGAUGGUUUGAGUGGUGGUGCUUUUGAACGUUGUAGUGGACAAUAUCGGGUUCGGUUUAGUGUCAUCGUCGGGUUUUUGAUCAGUUCGAUCCCGUAAUUACACGUUUUGGCACCGGAUUGGGAGCGAGCGGUGGCAUCGGUUUGCAUUUUCGUGACCCUCACAGUGUCCGUGAUCAUGUAUUGCUGACGUAAAAUGUACCCUAGUGCAGGAAUGAACGCAGCAGCCGCAGCAGCAGUGGCGGCAGCGCGCCAUCCGGGCCCCCCUCAGCCCGGCCAGCCGUUCAAAUUCACAGUGGGAGAGUCCUGCGACAGGAUAAAAGAGGAGUUUAAUUUUUUACAAGCACAAUAUCAUAGUUUAAAGUUGGAAUGCGAAAAGUUGGCGAGCGAGAAGAUCGAAAUCCAGAGGCAUUACGUGAUGUAUUACGAAAUGUCUUACGGCCUCAACGUGGAAAUGCACAAACAGACUGAGAUUGCGAAGAGACUGAACGCGAUUAUCGCCCAAAUACUCCCUUUUCUGUCUCAAGAGCAUCAGCAGCAGGUGGCGACAGCCGUGGAACGGGCGAAACAGGUGACGAUGACCGAAUUGAACGCCAUUAUCGGGCAACAGAGACCCGAUCUGCCAAGGUUAUUGCAACAGAUGCACGCCCAACAGUUGCCGGCCCACGCCGCACCACCCAUACCCAUGAUGCCCCAUCCCGGGCUAGCGGGUGCCCCACCGAGUACGGCCGCUAGCCUCUUGGGCUUGUCUGGCGCGUUACCCGCGCAGCAUCCCCUAUCGAUGUUAGCCUCCAAACCCGAUCUGCAUAGGCCAGACGACGUGAAAUCCAAUAGCGGUAUCAAUUCUGCCGAAGAACGUCACAGAAGUUCAAUUUCGCCGGCGGAACGAGAGAAAUACAGACCGAGGACGCCCCAAGAACCCGAAUUAAAGAAACCGAAAAAAGAGGAGAAGGAUCUAGGUCACCAUAGCGACGGCGAGAAGAGCGACCAAGACUUGGUGGUGGACGACGCGUCCGAAGACCCCGUAUCGCCACCAAAUGGAACGAGUUCGCCUAGAGAGAACGGCAUCGACAAACUACCAAAAAAAGAGCACCCCGGACCCCAUAGCCCGAGAUCGGGUACAUCGAGUAACGCGUCCACGCCGUCGACCAAGAAACUCGACGGGGAAAAACCGACGACGCCGAUAUCCAAGUCCGUUACGCCGACAUCGGCUGCGGGAUCGUCUUCGGGAAGUGGUGGACUCAAGCCGGUCGUUAAGCCGCCCACUUUGGGCCAGUAUCCGCCAUAUUUGGCAAUGGCCAAUGGUGGUCCGCACGACUUGCAGGCGGCUGCUGCCGCCGCCGGCGCCGGCUACGGAGGCCUUCACAACAAUCUCCCGCCAGCCUUGAAUAAUUAUCCUCGUCCGCCCCUUCAGGUGGGCUACGAUCCUCACACGCAGAUGCGAGCACCCGUCGUGCCCGCCCUUGGUGGCAUUCCCGGUGGAAAACCGGCCUACUCAUUCCACGUGAGCGCCGAUGGACAAAUGCAGCCAGUGCCUUUCCCGCCGGACGCCCUCGUGGGCCCGGGAAUCCCUCGUCACGCGAGACAGAUAAACACCCUCAGCCACGGGGAGGUUGUUUGCGCGGUGACGAUUUCUAAUCCGACGAAGUACGUGUACACGGGCGGCAAGGGCUGCGUCAAAGUUUGGGAUAUAAGCCAGCCGGGAUCGAAGUCUCCCGUCUCCCAGCUCGAUUGUUUGCAACGGGACAACUAUAUUCGAUCGGUCAAACUGCUACCAGACGGCAGAACGCUGAUAGUGGGUGGAGAAGCCAGCAAUCUUUCUAUAUGGGACUUGGCGAGCCCAACGCCUCGUAUAAAGGCGGAGCUAACAUCGAGCGCCCCCGCGUGUUACGCCCUAGCCAUCAGUCCCGACUCGAAAGUGUGCUUCAGCUGCUGCUCGGACGGUCACAUAGCGGUCUGGGACCUCAAUAACCAAACGUUAGUUAGACAAUUCCAAGGACACACGGACGGUGCUUCGUGCAUAGACAUAUCUGCGGACGGCACCAAGCUAUGGACGGGCGGGCUGGACAAUACCGUCCGCAGUUGGGAUCUGAGAGAAGGCAGGCAGCUACAGCAGCACGACUUCAGCUCGCAAAUAUUCUCGCUGGGGUACUGUCCGACGGGCGAGUGGUUAGCCGUCGGCAUGGAGAACUCCAACGUUGAGGUGCUCCACGCCAACAAACCGGAUAAAUACCAGCUACACCUGCACGAGAGCUGCGUCCUUAGUUUGCGAUUCGCCGCGUGUGGUAAAUGGUUCGUCUCUACUGGCAAGGACAAUUUAUUGAAUGCCUGGAGGACACCAUACGGUGCCAGCAUAUUCCAAUCUAAAGAAUCUUCCAGCGUGCUAAGCUGUGACAUUUCCGCUGACGACAAGUACAUAGUGACGGGAUCCGGAGAUAAGAAGGCGACGGUGUACGAAGUCAUAUACUGAAGAAACUAACUUUGACGUAGAUAAAGUUUAAAGAAAAUGUGAUAACUAAGUGUAAUAAAGAAGAAUAAUUCUUAACGUAACGCACUCUACCAGUUAGUGUGAUCUGAUUGUGAGAUGAUGUACUAGAGUUGUUAGAAAAAGUGAUCUCCCAUGACAAUUUUUGCGAUACUUGCUUAUCGAUUUUUUAAUUUAACGUUUUUUCUUACUGUAAAUAUCGGACUUGUAAUUUAAUUAGGCGAAGACAAAAAACAGAUUAAUGAUGUAUAUUUUCUUUAGACGAAACGUUUUCUUUCUCGUUCUCAGGCUGAGUAGCGAAGGGCUUUAUCUUUUUUAUAACUUUUGACCGGAGGUAUAUGUCAUAUAAUUUAAUUAGGCGAAGACAAAAAACAGAUUAAUGAUGUAUAUUUUCUUUAGACGAAACGUUUUCUUUCUCGUUCUCAGGCUGAGUAGCGAAGGGCUUUAUCUUUUUUAUAACUUUUGACCGGAGGUAUAUGUCAUAAUAUGGACGACAACUGUACGCGGCUUCUGAUUCCCGACUUCGAGGUUGUACAUAAUAUUGAAUACGGAGCGUUAUUAUUAUAGUGCAUUGUUUUCUUUUUUGUUAUUUAAUAUUUAGCGGGGUUCAAGAAAGGAAAACAGAAUCACUCGUAUAUUUUCCAAGGACGCGAAGGGUGAAAGGGAACGUUGCCAAAGUAUUCAGUGUUGCCUACACACCGAGUUGCUCCAAUUUUUGCAUGUGCAAACAAAAAAAAAAUUGUAUCGUACCUUUGUGUAAAUUUAAUGUGGUUCGGUUUAUAUGAAGAACGUCUGUAGCAUUUAAUAAUAUCGUCUAAAUUUAUGUUAUAGAUUUGUAGAUAUUGGAAAAAUUAUCGAUUGUUUUUAUUUUUAAUAUUUAACGAGAACUGUCAUUGUUUAUUAGAUUUUUAAAAGCACCGAAAAAAGUCACUAGUUUAGCCGAAACAGCUACCGACAGAAAUCCAAAUCGCAAUAGACCAAGACGUGCAUAUACCUCAUCGCAACACUAACAAUAGCCCAAAAAUGUAUUUUUAUCAACGGGGAAAAUAAAUUUCUGUUACUGCAAUGGCAGGUCGCUUUUUAUUUCAA